AUGGCCUCUUCCCUGAACGACAACCAUUUGUCUUGCCGCCAGGGCCCAGAAGGGGGAGCUGUAGGGCAGGCAGCCCCCCUGUCAGAGAGGCUGGAUCUGGCCCAGUGCGUGACUGCCCAGGGCCCCAUCUGUUUCCUGGGCAGCUCUGCGAACGUGGAUGUGUUCCAGAAAGUAGAGAAAAUUGGAGAAGGCACCUAUGGGGUGGUGUAUAAGGCCAAGAACAAGGACACUGGGAAGCUUGUGGCCCUCAAGAAUAUCAGGCUGGAUUUGGAGAUGGAGGGGGUCCCCAGCACUGCCAUCAGGGAGAUCUCCUUGCUCAAAGAACUGAAACACCCCAACAUUGUCAGGCUGCUGGAUGUAGUGCAUAGUGAGACGAAGCUGUACCUGGUGUUCGAGUUCCUCAGCCAGGACCUGAAAAAGUACAUGGACUCCACCCUGGCCUCGGAGCUCCCACUGCACUUAGUCAAAAGCUACCCCUUCCAGCUCCUGCAGGGGGUGAACUUCUGCCAUUCUCACCAGGUCAUCCACCAAGACCUGAAGCCCCAGAAUCUGCUCAUCAAUGAGUUUGGAGCCAUCAAGCCCGCUGACUUUGGGCUGGCUUGAGCCUUUGGGGUGCCUCUGGGCACUUACAUCCAUGAGGUGGUGACACUGUGGUAUCAUGCCCCCAAGAUCCUCUUGGGUACCAAGUUUUAUUCAAUAGCUGUGGAUAUCUGGAGCAUUGGUUGCAUCUUUGCAGAGAUGAUGACUUGCAAAGCCCUGUUUCCGGGUGACUCUGAGAUUGAUCAGCUUUUUCGCCUCUUUGGAACCCUGGGGACACCCAGUGAAGACAUCUGCCCAGGAGUCACUCAGCUGCCUGAUUAUAAGGGAAUCUUCCCCAAGUGGGCCAGAAAAGGUCUGGAGGAGAUCGUACCCAAUCUGGAAUCUCAGGGCAAAGAUCUGCUCAUGCUACUUCUGCAGUACGACCCCAGCCAGCGGAUCUCAGCCCAGGCCGCCCUUGACCGUCCGUACUUCUCUAUGGAGCCCUUCCCAGCCCCUUACCCGUGUGUGCUGGAGCGUUUUGGCUGCUGAGAAUAUUUGAGGACCACAGCCUUAAGUCCUCUCUCAGCUGAAUCGGGACCCCAACUUCCCAAGAGAGAACAAAUCUGGGAAGAAAGUAAAGCUCGAAGGAAUUUUGCAUCGGCCCUCAGAGUUUGAAUUGGUUCAGCCUGCAGGUUAUUGAGUUCUGGAAUUGU